AGAAAAGAAAAAAAAAAGAAAGAAAUGGUAGAGUGUACCAACGCUUGCAAUUCGAGUAUUCCCUCUAGAUAGACGUGUGCAUCGCGACGAAAGGUGGUAGGAGUAUGGGCCUGGAGUCGGUCGGCAAUAUGGCUGGCUAGAUGUGCAUAGGUAGGGUGUCGGGGUGGUGUUAGUGCCGUACGUUAUUUAUGUCGAACUACCGCAAAUCCUGCCCGAAUCUCGCGUGUUUUCAUGGAAUCGGUGACAUACUGUGCAGAAGCAGGAAUACAGCUUGCAUGAAGGCAUAGCAUACGCUUCCGAGUCAAACAAACAUGAACGAAGUGAGCAUAUCGUCCGCUCGUGCGUCGGUAAUGGUAUAUGACGACGUUAAUAAAAAAUGGGUACCGAGUGGCAGUUCCUCAGGACUCUCCAAAGUACAGUUGUAUCAUCACCAGGUGAACAAUACGUUCCGCGUGGUGGGAAGAAAGUUGCAGGAUCACGAGAUCGUCAUCAACUGCGCGAUCCUCAAGGGAUUGAAGUACAAUCAGGCGACAGUCACGUUUCACCAAUGGCGAGAUAACAAGCAAGUAUAUGGUCUGAAUUUCUCCAGUAAGGACGACGCCGACGCAUUUGCCAGAGCGAUGCUGCAAGCGCUCGAUGUGUUGAGCAAUGGGAGCAACAUAUCGAGAAGCCUUGCGCCCGCCUCAGUCACCCAACAGCAAUCCGUCUUUCAGCAACAACAACCGACUAACGCCCAGUAUGACGAGGACAUGGGAUACAGCGACGAAUAGUCCGAACGCAAUUUCCCCGAGUUGUCCUCUUGCAUCACAGCAACAGCAGCAACAGCAGCAGCAGCAACAACAACAACAACAACCACCCUCUCAACAGCAACAGCAACCACCUCAACAAUCCGUGCAGCAACAACAGCCGCAGCCACCGGCGCCGCCACAACCACCGCAACAGCAACAGCAACAGCAGCAGCAACAUCAGACGCAGCCACAACAACAGCCGCAAUCCGGACAUCACAGAACAUCGUCGGCACCGCCAGCUCCCCAGCCUCAACAGCAAACUGUCAUGCAAUCGAUGCAAGUCACCGGUGGUAUGGGGACCGGCGCGGGACAAAUAUCGAGCGGUGGUGCACCUCCGAUACCACCGCCUCAGCCUCCUAUGGCAGCUGCAGCUCCACCGUGUCCACCGGCAAUGAUAAACUUUAACGCACCGAUACCACCGCCUCCGAUGAUGAUGAACCAGUACGCGCAAUCACCGUCGUCUCAAUCGAAUCUGCCGAAUCAGUCUCAAGCACAGUCGAUUUACGGUAGCAGUCAAGGAAAUCAGUACGGAGGCACGCCGAACAAUAGUCAGUACGCGACGGUUGCUGUCGUCGGGCAAAGUCCAUGUCAGUAUUCCUCUGGAAAUCAGAAUAACUUCUAUAAUAACAACGGGCAAGUUAGCAAUGCGUAUCCUAGUGGUCAGCCGGGACAAGGAAACCAAUACGGCGGCGGUGGUAGUAAUAGUGGUGCGGGUGGUGCUGGUGGAAAUCAGUAUGGAAGUAGUAACUCGCUUGGCCAGUAUGCGAGCAGCGGAUCUGCGACAACGGGCCAGUAUGGGGUAGGUGUGAACGUUGGUGUUGGCCAGCCGAAUCAGUCUCAGUACAGCGUCGUGUCUCAGGCACAAGCACAGUAUGGCAGCGGCCAGAUACAGGCAGUUUCGGGUGCUACGAAUCCAUACGGAACACCAUCAAACUCGGUGAAUCAGUACAGCGGCAGUGGAGGUGGUGGCGGUGGCAGCGGUGGUAGCUGCGGGAACAGUGCUGGCAGUGGCAGUACCGUCCCUGCCACUGGACAUCAUGUACCACCGGUUAAUCCUAAUAUUUAUGCUCCCAUUGGCAAUGCCGGUCCUCAGCCUCCUCCUAUGAUUCCGCUGGGUGGACCUGCCGCUCCUCCACCACCUCCUCCGCCACCUGCCCCGAAAGUCAACGCCGCCAACCUAAAUCCUCUUUCUGCAUCUGGUUCCACUGGAUCCGUAAGCUCCAUUACCACCAGCGAACCAUCGCCAGAUUCCAAUUCGUUGGCUGCUGCAAUUCAAGCGACUCGCCUCAAAAAGAAACAGCAGGCAUCGCAGCAACCAGUGGAAAAUAGUGGUUCCAGUACUAGCAGCAGCGGAAGUGCUGGAAGCAGUGGGAAUUACGGCACUCUAGGAAGGGGCGGAGCUGGUGGCAUGGCUUCUAUGAUGGAUGAGAUGGCGAAAACUUUAGCUCGUAGACGAGCUGCUGUUGAGAAAAAACAACCGGAACAGCCGCAAGAACCUGAGAGUUCGCCCGAUAAGAAAUCGUGGGAUAAGAACAGUUUGUCGAAUAAUAAAUUCUCGAACGGUGCCGAAUCACCGAAAUCAGUUCGCAAGAGGUUUGGUUCUGCUUCCGAGGACACUCUUCUAAAAGUAAACGGCGUUAAUGACGGGGCUGUGCUUACUGCUCAAGAAAUGGAGGCAUUUAAAGCGGAGAUCAUUAAGGAAGUGCGCAAAGAAUUCCAAAAGAUGAAACAAGAGAUCGUAGAUGCUGUCAGAGCAGAACUGAGUAGAAGAUAAAGAUGAGACGCGGACCAGUUUGAAUUAAAGCGAAGAGAGAACGAACGAAGAAUUCUACUGCUGUGUAGAUCAACCGAAACGAUCAUCGACAACCGUACACGAUUUUUUUUUUUUACUACAUAUUUGCGAAAAUGGAAUGCAGUUAUACCCCAUGUAUAUCAAACAUGUUUGUGUGUAAGUACGUUAUAUCUAAUCUAAUGUUCUAAGUGAACCGUACCCUUUUGGUUGCUUACUAAACGAUUGGUAAGCAACGCGAACUUUGGAUAAAAAUUGAUUCUGAUUCUACCAAUUCGAUGCACAACACACAUCACGGAUCACCUAAGUUUUGCAUCAGUAUCAGUCUUCGGUGGUAUCGUACAAUUUUCUCUUCAAUCAAUGACGAUUGCCGUGCUCCAUAUCUCGACAAGUAUUAUUCAUAGUUUAAAUCGAGCAACUUAACGUGACGUAACGUAAAAUCUGAUCCCACGCACAAUGGAAAACGCUUGCGUUUCUAUGUAAAUAUCACAGAAUUUAAUCUAGUGGAAGAUACGUAAAAAGAAAAUUUGUAAAAGAGAUUCCUUUAGUCUUAGAUGCAUUUAAAUUGAGACUAAUGAAAGUUACGUGCAUUGAGCUAUUUCGCGAUCGUGAUGCAACUUUAAUAUUUUAUAAUUUUCCACCGUUUUCUUCCAAUCCUUUUUUUUCUUUUUUCUUUUUUU